AGGCACGGCACCAGACGUCGGAGAUGCCGCAAAGGUUUCUGGGUAUGCGGAGGGAGCCAUAUUUUUCCAAUAUCAGUUACGCGAAAACAGCGUACGCAUAAGAUCUGCAAAAUGGAAUUUCGUUCGAUGGUUGGUGUCGAAGAAGUGUUUCACGAAAGAAAGUGAUUACGAGAUAGAAAACGAGGGAUCAGUGUGAGAAAGCGAAGCGACGGUGCUAGUCAGAAUAUAAUAAGCGUGCGUUUCCACGCGAUCAAGAAGUGAGGUUCGGUGAAAACGAUGAGCGCGGCCCGCGCAGGUGUUCGAGUCGAGAAGAGGGUUAGUUAACUUAACCCGAGUUCGUAACCGCGACUGGUGGUAGUGGUGGUAGUACUAGUGGUGGUGGUGGAGGCAGUGGUGGUGGUGGUGGUGGUGCUACUGCUGCUGUGACGAUGACACAGCGUCAUAACACGACGUACGUCCGUCCGUGCGAUUUAACGCGAAUUGUUACGGCAAUAUAAAGUGUUUUUUGUACCGAGAGUGCAUUCGCGCCAUUACCGAUCGAGUGAGUCGUGGCUCGGUCACUAUUAACCUUUACGUAUUCAGUGUCGAAGAAAAUGGCUUUCUUCUUUAGUGUGUGAACGAAGAUUCAGAGUAGCGUAUUUUUUUUUAGUGACAGUGGCUCGUAAUGACAUAAUCGAAUGAUAUUUCGUUAUUUCUCGGUUGAGAAGUGCGUACAUGUGAAACGGAGUAAUCAGAAUUGCGACCACGAAUAACGCGACGGGACCGUGGCAAUGACACAACGACCUCAACGACCUGACUUUCUUACAUAGUUCAAUUUUUUUUUGUUUAGAAGUGUGGCAUUCUUUUUCACCAAAGUUUACUUAAACGUUACUUAUUGGCGUCUGCAACGUUGAGAAAAAUCUCUGACUCGUAACGUCGUUUUUUCGGCGUAACCUAGUACACGCGUUACAAAUAACAGUGUGUUGAAGAGUCUAGGUUAGUUGAAUGCUUGGCCCCAUUGUGUUGUUUCGACGCGACUGAAUCGGUGAACGAGACAAAUGAGCGAGCCGUCGCUUUGUAAAUCGACCUUGUAAAUGACAGCAGAAGCGUAAUUUCCUAAUAAACAAUGUUAUCCGCUUGCUCUACAUCGAACCGGUAUAGGGAAUGACAAUUUCAAAGGAAUUGUUUUCUUCCCACUGCAGAUGUCAUAGGAUUUAUUUAAUGAAACACGAUUUACUUAUCCAUUGUUAGUAAUUAUUCGAUUUUGAGUUGUUCUUUCAUGAAAGAAAUCUAUUGGCCCGCAUAAGUAUACAAUCGGAAGAAAGUGAAAUAACGCUCUUAUUAUCGGAGCAAACAAGUUUUCAAAAUAAAAACAUAUUAACUGAAUGGAAGAUGUCGACUCGUCUUUUAUUUUCUUGUAACAUGUGAUCGUCGGAUAAGGAGAAUAACACUGACGUAAUUUUACUGUGAUCUCCGACGCAUUAAAGUCACGAACAACCAACGAAACUAGUACCAUGGUAGAGUGCACCGAUCGCAGGAGAGAGGUUAGACGGACAUUGACCGGUGAAUAGCGCGUGUUUGUGAUCCGACGGAUGCUCUCCAAUUUCAAAAUCUUGGCACCGUUAGUACGAGUCUGUAAUUAGAAACAAGGAAAGUGUUUGUGAACGUGGAUGUGAUUUAAAAAUUGGCGAAGAAAUUAAGAAUCGACCGAACGAAGAACAAUCGGUGAAACUAUCCAUUUGGUAUGCCGUGCGCGGUAAAGCCGAGGAUGUCGAAGAACAAGAACGUAGAUGACAGGUGUGAGAUUGUAAUGAUCGGUGAGCGUACGUGGCCAAGAGGAACGAUCGAAAGAACGCGGUGGAUUUCGGUGGUGGGAAACGCGUGAUCAUUCCCGUUUAUGGAGGAUGCAGCAGAACUUGGAGGUGUCUCCACGUAGGCGUGCUACCUGCGUUCCAGUGAUGUCGGUGUCGGGGUUACUUGCAGCGCUGCUGGACCUGGACCAUGGCCGGCAAGCCUGAGCAGCCGUCCACGCACCCUGCUCUCCCGAAUCACGGUCAUCAUCAUCAUCAUAAUCGACAACAGCAGCAACAACAGCAACAGCAGCAGCAGCAGCAGCAAUCACAGCAGCAACAGCAAGAGCAACAGCAUCCGCAGCACGCACAGGGGAUUCAACAAAAUAGCGUUCUAGUCUACGUAUCGGGGGAGAAUUUUGCGUACGCGACGGCGGUCGGUCAGAAUGCCGCCGCCGCUGCUGCUGCUGCUACCGCAGUCGGCUAUCAGUCUCCGCAGCAGGCGACGUACGCCGGCAUUCUGCCGCCGCAGGUGGCGACGGCGGCGGCGACGUUUCCCGCCAAAACCGCCAUUUAUUGUAACGAUAAUAACAGCGCCGUUGGCAGCACAGUUGCCGUAGCUGGCAGCAAUAAUUGUUGUCGGUUAAAAACACUCGAGUAUGUGUCCACCGAUGGAGAGUCGAGCCGAUCGGCACGAUCCAUGUCAACCAGUAAUACCGAAGACGAAGAAGAUUACGGAACAAUCGUUUCCAACAACGGUUUAUUAUACAGACAAACGAAUCUAGUUGAAACAACCAGCACGUCCGCGACCACAACGAUGACGUGCGUAGUGUCGGCGUGCGACACGAAGAAUCCGGCGAACCGAAAUCCAUUGGAAAACGACUCGAAUAAUACCGAAAACCUCGCAACUAAUAACGUAGAGCCGAUCGGUAGGGUGAACGCCGGUGAGAUGCUACCCAACAAAUUAUUUCCAUCGAGAAUCCACGGUGAAAUUUAUCCAGCUGGAGCGAGACUAGCUGACACGGGUUAUAACAAUAGCGGCAGUCAAAUCACGCAGGGUAAUCUCGGGGAGGGUUGUAUCAGUCUUUUAAACGACGACGCUUGUGUCGCGUAUGUACGGCAAGGAAACGAACCGUCUCAAGCGUCCGCGAGUGUUUUUCAAGGCGACAGUGUCGAGCAACGUAUCAAUAUGGACGAGAAGAGCCGGCAACAGGACGGUUUCGAUAACCAAACCGGCUCGUCGCUUUCUUCGUCCAGUUCGAACGUCGGUGUUGUCAGUGGUGGCGGUAGUGUUGUUGUUGUUGGUAGUGGUGGUAGUGGUGCGACUAGCUGUGACUCUGUCCGAUCUGAUACCGGUGAAUCGUCGACUUAUAGUAGCCUGAGCAGCCCCGAAAGUCAAAGUCAAUCGGCACACGACGGCUUGUCUGCCGCGACGACGGUUAACGGCGGCGGUUCGUGCGCGCAGCAGGCUGCGCGUCAACCGCCGCUUCCGCGCAUCAACAACUCGAACAAUAACAAUAAUCAAGUUCAACAAAAUGUAGUGCUGACGAUGAACGGUAGUGCAGUGAUUACGCAGCAGCAACAACAGCAGCAGCAACAAGCGAUUACGGUACCACGUGGAUGGAAAAGGAUAUGCACCAACGGGGUCAUCAUUUAUAUCAGUCCAAGCAGCACAGCGCUGGGUUCGCUGGAUCAACUGAAGGAGUACCUGACAACAGUGGGAACCUGCAAAUGCGGUCUCGAGUGUCCGCUAAGACCUGAACAGGUCUUCAACUUCGACCCCAAGGUUGCGUCACGACCUUGGAGCCCAGAUCAGGGCAAGACGCGGGAGAUGACCAAGCUCUGCAACCAUAAGAGGAAACUUCUGCUGCCAACUACGGCGGCCGGCAGUCCUGUUGCAUCCUGUACACCGACGGUCUCUUCUUCGCCGGCUUUAUCCACCGGCUCGGUCGCAACCGCGAUUCACGUGAACGCGGACUCGCCCACCUCGCCGGACAAAGCCAGGAAAGAUGGUCUCAACAAGAAAAAGAAGAGGAAAAUAGGGGGGCUAGGAAACAUUUUCUCAGGAGUCUCAGUCUCACAACUUAUGGCACAACGCGAAAGAGCUAUUGUUGCGGCAUCUGGAGUGCAAGGGUCACCAGUACCAAAUGGAUCGCAGGUGUGGCCUAUUGCGAUCCCCAAUUUGCAAGUUCAGCAGAGUAAUCAGCAGAUAUGUCAUCAAACAUUAAAUUCACCUUCUCAAACACAAGAUAUAAAUGGCUGUGUAACGAGAAAUCCUCAGCAAAGGUUAGGUCAGCACAAUAUGUCGGGGAUGUUAAUGGGUAAUUCCCUGAUCAUGAAUCAGCAGGGCGCCAAUUUUAACAAUAUGACUCAGCAGCAACAACAGUUGUUGCAACAACAACAUCAACAGCUUAUAUUGCAACAACAACAACAGCAGCAGCAGCAGCAACAGCAGCAACAGCUUAUGCAACAGCAUAUAUCUCAACAACAACAGCAGCAGCAACAGUUACUGCCUCAUCAUCAGCAAAUGCAACAUAUGCAAAUUUUACAGCAACACGAACAACAACAACAUCAAAACACGGUCGUGAAUCAGUUAACGCAACAGCAAGCUCCUCACUAUCUUAAUCAAUUAAAUCAGCAGCCUUUACACAUAAUGCAGCAGCAGGACCAUUUGAACCAGCAGCAGCAACAACAGCAACAGCAAUUGCACAUGCAACAAAUGCAGAAGCAUAAGAUGCAACAGCAGCAACAACAACAGCAGCAUUUGACUCAAGAAGUUGAUCAACAAUCAGGAAACUACAACCCUCAACAUUCGUCAGAAAAUUAUGUGCAUCACAUGCAAUCCUCACAAGUAACAGCCCAAUCUACUCUUCAUCCGCAGUUGCACCAAAUUCAUCAACAUCAGCUGCAACAACAAACGCAACAGCAUCAACCCAAUCAACACGUAAUGCAGGCACAACCAGCGGAUCAAUUUCAAAUGCAAAUACAACAACUCCAGCAGCAACAGCAGCAUCAGCAUCAACAACAAGUAUCUCAGGUGUGCGUGCAACCGCAGUAUCCUAAUCAACAGUUGAAUCAUCAUUCGUUAGACGUAAUGCAACAACAAACAAUUGGUCCCGUGAUGAAUACUGCUGAUAUGCAGAACAGACAUAAUCGUACUCCUUCUGUGACGGAUGAAGAUUUGAAUGCGAAACAAAUUCAACAGCAGCAGCAGCAGCAGCAGCAACAACAACAACAACAACAGCAGCAGCAGCAACAACAACAACAACUUCUGCUGCACAAUCACGCUGUACAACGGCACCAUGUCGUACAAAAUGGGAAUUUAUCGAAUAAUUCUCACGAAAAUAUGCAACGAAUGUACGCCCAGAACCAGGUUCAAUAUCCUGUGAGAAAUUUCGAUGCUUCGAAAGGAGCUAUCGUAGAUGUUAAACAUCAGCAACAAUACGCUUUAUCUAAUGUAGCGGGAAGGAGCCCGAAUACCAAUCAUGCUGUUGAAACGCAGUCUGGAAUGGGACCAAACGGGCAAUCCGGUAACGUGCAUUUCAAUUCGAGAACGCCCCCUUGGCAACAAAAUCGGUCAGCUUCGGGUUCUCAUCAGCCUUCUCUCGUUACAGUCCAGAACAUCACAUGUAACUCCUUCGAUCGUGUUCCACCUCUACAUCACCACAUUCCACAAGCAUCCACUUGGACCGAUGAAGUUGCGCGCAAGAAGGCCAAACCCAGUAAAGUAAUGGUGAAGAAACAGCGCCAGCAUAGCGUUACAGAUGUUCGAAACAAUAGCCUUGAUCAAUCAGCUUCGAGUCCAAUAGAUGAAUUCAACGAGAAAAACCAACAGAAUAGUAAUCAAAUUGGUUCGACCGUCAAUAGCAGCGGCCCGUCAUUUUUGGAAGACCCCAGCGGUUACCUUGCGCAACAGACUGCUUUGUUGAAUAGCACGAUAUCAAGGCAAACCGGUGUUAGUAGCUCUCAAGUGGGAAUUGUCAAUAAUUCGAAAAUAUCGCAAACGAGUCUUGGUUCGCAUUUGCCUAAUAACACUUAUCUUCCACAACCAAAGCCUUCUUCCGGCGCCAGCCCCACGAGCACAUCGACCUUUAAUUCUGUGAAAAAUCACGCAACCUCGCCCGUUGUUGUACACAGUAGCAUGACUCCCACCUCGAGCAGUGGAGGAACAGAUUCGGAGAAUAGUCCUUGCCAAGGCUGUGUUACCAGUGCUGAUACUCAAUCUUAUGUGCAGGAUCAAUAUAAACAACAAAUGCAACGUCAGUACCUGAUGCAUUCUGAUCAACGCGAGGAUCCUGUUACAUCGUCCACGUUUGGAGAACAGUAUCAGAACAAUCAACAGCAAGCUGAUUCAAGACCGAUCCAGGGUGGUACUGUGAGUACCAGUCAUGGAUCUCCGAUUGGUACGAACAGUCCAGCGAAUUCGGACACGCCAGCUUCGUCGACACCUGGAAUAUCGCAGCCGGCAACGCCUCAAAGUCUCAUUUCGUCGCAACCGUCGACGCCGCAUAGUUACUCGCAACCGCCAACACCUCAUUCGCAUUCUACGUCUGGUCAGGUGCCAUCUCAACCUUUAACGCCUCAGGCUCAACAACCCUCACAGUCUUCGAUGGGUAGUGUUGCGCCAGAGCAACGCGCGGAGACGCCUUGCUCUGCUACAACGAGUUCAAACGUAGUUCCUUCUAGUACGCCAUCGUCGCAAUCAUCCACCUCCGGUUCAGACAGCAUGACGUCUCAAAUAACAAAAAGGCAAACCACGAGACAGUCGUCUUUGGAUGGUUACCAGCCACAUCCUCAUACUGUGAAUGCAGUUUCGAGAGUACCGAUGAAUCACUUUGCUGGUACGUCAUCGGUAAUAACCACAAUGGCAAGCGGCCAUACGGUUAGCAGUAAUACCAUCACAUCUGUGCUAGCUGGAAGAGCGAAUACCGCUACGGUUUCGAUAAAUACACCUUCUGGAAUACCAAAUCCCGCUAUACCAGAUAUACUCUCGAAUAAAUCACAGCAUCCAGCGUCUUCGACAACCUUAACGAAUGUACCAACCACUGUUGUUACUACGACGUCCUCUCUUCCGAAUAGUCAAUCGUCGAUAGCGAUAAGUGUGUCGAAAUCGCCAUUGGAGAUGGUUCAAAGCGUCGUUAGUAGUAUACAAGUACCUCAGGCCAGUACCAAUUCACCAGUACAACCUCAAAGUCAGCAACAGCAGCAACAACCAACCCAACAGCAUCCUCAGUCCAAUGUUCAAGUUCAUAAUGUUCUUACGUCAGGCGGAAUAUUAAAACAUCCUGCUGGAUCGACUUUACCUCCUGGUCAUAUAUUAGUGUCUAAUGGUGGUCAACUUAUAAUGGCUAGCACGGGUUCAGGAAUCAACGGUGUAAUGGCACCACCUCCUCCAAAAAUCAUUUCCAACUCUAAUUCGAUGCCACCAUUGUCAGUAUCACCUAUGGUCACCAGUGUGACAGGAGCUGUCAGUCAGGUCAUUCCUGCCGUGGGCGUAGCUCAGCAAGUUAUUGGACAGCCCACGGUGCUCGUCAACACUAUUCAGACUCCUGUACUUAUACAACCUAGUGUCAUGACGAUGGACAGUAUAGGUCAGAACGUUCAAAUACCGCAUCUAACUGUCGCUACUGGAAACGUGAUACAAAAUGCUCAGUCAAUUCUAGAUGCGAAUCAGGACGUUACGAGAAACGUCAGUGCGAAUCAAGGGAUGGUAAAUCGGCAACCGGCGUUGCUAUCACCCGAAUCAACAAUGAGCAAAAAGAAAGCGUACAAAAAACGAAAGACGAAUCCGCAGACAGUGGCCUCGAUGUUGCAUAUCGCUUCGUCCCAACAGAAUGCUGGCAUGCUGAUGCAGUCGCAGUCCAACUUUGCGCAGCAGAACUUCCAGACUCAGAGCAUAGGCGGUCCGAUGCUGCAGGCGUUGACAAUUGUUCCUGGCAAGGGUGGAGCACCAGCUCAAUUGGUAAUGAAUGGUCAGGCCGGUGCAACAUCGGCUCAGUUCAAUGCUCAACAAAUUAUCACGAAUCCUCAACCAGCUCAGCAAAUAAAUCUUCUGCAACCAGUGAAUUUAUUAAACGGAGCUGCUGGUAUGGUGCAAAAUUUCCCUACUAUUCAACAAUUCAUCGUUCCUGGUAUAGGAAGUAUGGUUAUGUCAGCUGAUGGAACGGCGACCUUGCUGCAAGACACAGGAAACAUCGGUAUGCAGUUGCAGAUACAGAACGUGAACGGUCAGAACGUGUUAACUCCGGUGCAAAGCCACAGUGGAAUAUUCAAUCCGAGUCAGAGUAUUUUAGCAGCUGGUCCUGCUGGAAUGGUCAUUCGAGCACCGCAAGCAACCGGCGGAAAAAUUAUUCAACAGCAUAGUCCUGGCGCACAAUUCCUCUCACCGAACAGUGGCCAAUUCUUAGUAAAUGGAACAACGUCGUUUGGGAAUCAACUGAGUCCGAUAGUAGCAAAUGUCAGUCCGAACCAGCAAGUGACUUUUAAUGCCUCGCAAGUUCGACCGACAAACAUGCAGGGUCAGCAAGAAUUCAUACAGAUGAACGGACAGACGUUGAUGGUACCUUGUGGGACGGCGCAGAAUAUCGCUGUUUCAUCGGCCCCUAAUCAACAGAACACAACAUUCGUUCAGCAAAAUACUACGAUCGUGCAGCAACAAACAACCAUGGUAUCUAACAAUCAGAUACCUAAUUUUCAAGCUGCAGCUUCUAAUGGAACCACCGUCGAUCCUUCGUUAAACAUUGAUCAUAAUCAAUCGUAUAUUUUGAGUUCUGGAAUGAUUCAAGGAAAGGCGCCCACUUCCCCAAAAAGUAGCGUGAAUUCACCGUCUUCGGAGCAGAACGUUGAACAACAGCAAUACGUUCUUGCCAGUAGCAGUACGACUGUUGUUGAGAAAACAGCUCAACAGAGCGAUCAACACAGUCCUCUGAUGGCAAGACAUUCUGUUUCGACUCAGACAGCUGGUAAUCAAGCGAAUAUGGCUCAAUCGGCUAUGAUGAGACAAGGAUCGCCGCCGGAUACUACCACGCACAGUCCAGGGAAUAGUCAAAGAUCGAAUAGUCCUGCCGUGGACACUACAACGCAUGGAGCAGCUUCACCUGCACCGCCAAUUACAGCUAGACAUCACUCGUCGUCUACGCCAAUGGUUCAUUGCGUAUCAAGUAGCGAACCGGAUUCAGGCGACGUACCAGUGGCUUCGGAAGAUUGGAGAAUUCAAGGUAUCACCACGAAAGAAAUCACGCUUAGUCAGCCAGGUCUCCAUGGAAAGACAUAUGUGGAGUCGACGGUGACUACUGGGAUCCAGAUCUAUACGUCAGAGACGUUGAAGCAAGCCGAAGGUGUGGUGAGCACAGUGAGGUGCGAGGGCAGGGAACAUGCCCUCGGCCGCGGAAUCAAGCGAAAGCUGGACUCCAUCCAUUCCAUGCAUUCUACCCUGCAUGAAGACCAAGAUGUAACGGAGGCAAAGUCGGAGGAGAAGAGCCAGAGGAAACUGGAAGUGGGUGAGCUAGUAUGGGGCGCCGCAAGAGGAAGUCCGGCCUGGCCGGGCAAGGUCGAGUCUUUGGGCCCACCGGGCACCAUGACUGUCUGGGUCCGUUGGUACGGGGGCGGGGGCGGUCGGAGCCAAGUCGAGGUCAAGGCUCUCAAGUCCCUCUCCGAAGGCCUCGAGGCGCACCACCGUGCGCGAAAAAAGUUUAGGAAAAGUCGUAAAUUGAACAUGCAACUGGAGAACGCUAUACAGGAAGCAAUGGCGGAAUUGGACAAAGUCACGGAGUCAAAUAAGGAUCAGAAGAUCACCGGCAGGUCCUGUAAAGUGACCGGAAGCAGGGGACCGGAAAACGGCGGCGCUUCGAAGCAAGAGGGGAAAAGAUCUUCGAAGAAGUCUAUCGGAUCUUUGAAUGCUGUUACAGCAGAGCAGAAAGAGUGUAGGUGAUCCGUGUCGAUUGAUUCUCAAACGACUCAACUUAGAUUACGAUGAUGCGACGGUGAGAUCAGUUCUGUACGAAGAAAAAUCGAAGAGGCUGUCGAAGCGUUUGUUAUUAAGUGAUUUCGGCACUCGACUUGUUCUACGUUGUUUUCUAAAUUUCCGGCAGACGAUUUACUGUUUUCGCUGACAAUGUAUGGAAGUUUCGUGUUGUAUUCGAUAGGAUUAAUAUCGGAGACGUUUUUAAUCGAGUACGUCGACAAGUCAAAAUUUUAUAAAGAUGCGCUACUUUAUAAUUCUUAUCGAACACGGUUGAUAUUAUCGAAUACAAUUCUCGGAGCUUCAGAUUUUCCUAAAGCUUUACGAGAAAUAGAUUUCAAAUUUUUCAUUUGAUAUAUUCAAUAUUGUCUUCUGUAUUGCGAUCAUAUCUUUGUGUAAAAUUGAACGAUAUCGAGCUAAUUGUAUUAUAGAACUAUGUAAAAUCAUGAAUGCGGUUAUUUUACAUUAUCUGGGAUCUUCUAAGUAAGUGUGAUACGGAUUCAAAUUCUUGUAAUGGUUGAUAUGUAAUAUAACGGAUAGAAGAAGUCGCAAUGCAGAAGUAAAGAUUGUUGAAUGAGAAGAUCGUAGAAUAAGCGAAAUUAAUUGUUGUACAUACAUUUUUCUUCUAUUGGAGUAAAUAAGAAUUGUUCAAUUCUAGAAAUUACAGAAUGGUAAAUAAGUAUAAUUCUUUAAAAAAAAAAAAAAAAAAAAAUGGAGAAAUCAAUAUCGUGGUCCAGUUUGUUGAAAGCAACAAAAUGUCGAAUCCAUAAUAUUCGAAAAUUCUUACGGUUGCCCUGAUAGAAUCAAAAGUAGAUAAAAGUAGAUACGAAUAAUUUGUUUGACGUUUUUCUUGUGACACACAAGCACGUUUAUUUUUCUUGUAUAUAAAUAUCGAUGAUACCAGGAAUGAAAGUUUUAGAGAUGCUGAUGAAUUUUGUCGUUCAAUACAUAUGUUAAUAGAGGAACAGGAAGCAGAAAAGUCAAUCGAAUGUGAUCGAAGCGACUGAACGUAGAAAUAAUGAAAAAUAUUAUGUAAUCGAAUUACAAAAGAUUUUUAUCGAUCGAAAGUCGGUCGAGAUAUAUCUCGACGUGAUAUAGGAUAGUUUGUCGUUAUUUCUUCGCAAUAAUUUGCUGCUAGCGAGCGUAAUUCUAGCAAACACCAUUUUCCUAUUAAGCAUUGCUGUUCCAAAGUUGAAUUCUUUACGAACUGUCGAUCACUCGCUAAUUCAAGAAGCAAAUUGUUGCCGAACAUCGUGUAAAUCGUAACAGUAGAAUCUGUUAGAUCUUUAAUUUGUUAAGAAUAUUUUAAAAAAUUUACAGGACAUAUUACCGAAACGAAAUUGUUGAAUUAUCUAUGCGCAUCAAAGCACGUACACGUAAAUAUUUUUCUUUAACGCCAGAAUUAGCAGGAAAAUGGGCGAAAAUUGUAAAAAUGUAAUAAUCAUGCAAUUAGAAAGUCAUUAGUGGAAAAAAAAUAUAUUAUGUAUCUAUGGCCGAUCUGACAUCGCGUGGAGCUGGCCUACAAUAUGUGUCUUCGUGUUACUUAUAUAGUUACAUACAGAUAGUACCAUCAUUGAGUGAUACAGGAAAGUUUUAUUUGAGAAACGAGGAAGUGGUGCACGUUUACCUAGCUGGUGCAUCAAUUGUAAAAAUACUAUGCAAACUAUAGCCUUUUUUUUUCUUUUUUUCUUUUUUUUUUUUUUUUUUUUUAGUUGACACGUUUCUGUCGAACGUAGAUUUAGUAAAGACGAAUGUAUUUUAUUCACUGACUCGAGCUGUAACGAGAUAGAUAUACUCUGCGAGUUCGCGUAAACGAACAUAAGCGAUUCUUGCAACUUUCGAACUAGAGACGUUGUUUCGAAUGUUACAUUAACAUUCACAGACAUAUAGGAUGUGUGAUAAGGGGCAUAAGAGGUAUUUGUAUCUCCAAGACUUACAUAAAAUACGUGUAAUGUAACGAGUUAGAAUGUACGAUCAGGUGUUCGAUUUUAGAAUGACGAACACACUUUCACGCGUCACCUCGUUUUUCUUUUCCUGUUUUUAAAACCACGUGCGAGUGUGUUUACGCUUGCAUUGAAGAUAUAGAAACGAGUAUGUGUAGUUUUUAAAUGAUAUUUUUGCGAAAGAGUCAACAUCACAGUACCUAUAGAAAAAAAUCACCGUUUUCAAUCAAUCAUUUUUUAAAUGGCUAUACGUAAGUAUACAAGGAGUAAUUGUUUUACCGGGACGUCAUCGUGUUGCGCUGUAAUAUCGAAUAGUCUCGACACGUUGAAACUCUUUUUAAACUCAACCGGCCACAGACAGUCGGUGUUUUUUGAUCCGCGUAAUAAUUUUCUAACGAUAUAUUCUUUAGAUGGUAAAGUAACGUAUCGAUGCCAUGGUUCGAUAUUCUAUGAACGAAAAGCUAAAUGAAUCAAGUGUACAUAAGAAACAAACGAUCGAAUUAAUUAAAAACUCGAGGUCUCUGCGAAGUGUCAUCAUUUGAUUUUAAUCAGACACACGCUGAAUUUCCACUUUUAACGAAACGAGUCUUUCGAGUAACCUAAAGUAAAUUUUAGUUAAAAAAAAAGCAAGAAAUUAAAAAGAAAAAAAAAGAACACAAUGAAAGAGGAGUAGAACGCCGAAAAAAAUUAAAAAGUCAAUGCGAGAACACUUUUCCAUUUUCACGUUCUUUCUGAGUGCGUGUCUAACACGUAUUUUGUUUUAACGUUUCCUUUUGUCUUCUUUUUUUAAUCUCAAUCGUACGAUAGCGUGUAAUUCAUCUUUAUUUUUAUAUGGUCGCGAAAAUCCAAAACUAUACCGCGUUAUUCAGCGCACAAUUUAACUCCGAGACGCGAGAAAUGUUCCUUUGAAAGCAUGUACGCAUAAAUAUGUACAAAACCAUACAGAGCGAAUCUUUAAAAGUUAGUAGGAUAUACGAGUAUUAAAUGGAUAUUUUAUUUGAUCGAGUGUCUGGUCGAGGAGCCAUUGUCCAUGAAAAAAGAUUUCGAGCCAGGAAAACCUUACGACAUUAAUACGUUGCUUAUCAAUCUGAGAUGAUUAAAACAAUUUUUCAAUUUCUCAAUAUGUCAAUAAAGCGACAAAUGAUUUUUUCAUCUGUGAAAUCUUUACGUCGAUCCAUUUUUAUUUUUAUUGUGCAAAUUGUGUAAAGUUCGACUAAAUUGCUAAGAAUUAUGCUUUCAGAAAUUUGGUUUCGAACAACUUGAUAAGCAAUGUGUUAAAAAAAAGACAUUCAAUAGAUCUAAACACACGACAGACAGACAAUAAAGAAAAUGCAAGUAUCAAAAGAGAAAGAGGGUUGCGCGAAUUUUUUUGAUGACUCGUCACUUCGACUUUCGAAGAAGAACAUUCUCAAUCGAAUGAAUUCCAUAAACUGUCGAUUAUUCGUUGCUAAUACUAUGAACGUGUAGACAGAAAUAGUUGGUAUUUCUGAUGGAAAAUUAAAUAAUUUGCAAAAUUUCUAUACCUCUUGCAAAUUCUUGUAACUGUCAUUUUUGUAACUGGUCUCAAUGUUUUACUAUGAAGGAAAUUUAAAAACCUUUCAAAUAUAAUAUUAUUAUGUAAAAUAUCCAAAAUUUCUGAGGACCAAUAAUCAUUUUCUAAAUUGUUUAGUUAUAAAUGUCACUUUUACAGUAAAAGGGAGAAUGGUAAUAAAUUCAUUAGAUUUUUCACUGUUUGAUCAAAUCGCUUCGAUUAAUUCUGUAAUACUGUAAAAAAACAACGAUAUAUAAACAUAUUUAUCUAAGUUACAUAUUAGAGAAAAUAGCAGUUAUAAGUAGCCGUGUAACAAUAUAAAUUAUAAUUUGUACCGAAAUUCAAGGAAUGUUCUGAGUUUUGAAACGUAACGUUAAAGUAAAAUAAAUUAACAAAUGGAAUUUCUCGAAUAACAAACUUAAAUGAUAAAAAUAUUUUCUCUGAUAUGUGAUAUGAAACAAUAACUUUCAUAACACGAAUUAAAGCAUUUGAUACGUAAUAUAAAGUUUUGUAUGACUACGGUUAGAGAAGACGAACAUAAUAAAUUUUCAAAGUUUGAUCAAGCAGUUUAUGGAGAGAGAGAGAGAGAGCGAAAGAGAGCGAGAGAGAGAGAGAGAGAGAGAGAGAGAGCGAGAGAGAGAAAGAGAGAAGUUAGUUUUAUCUUAUGCAAAUAGUUGACAAAAAAUUGAGUUAGUCGAAUGGGACUAACUAAGAUUCUAAACACAAGGACCACUAAUGUUUAUGCUGCUCGAAACUACGAGUGGAACAGUGUACGAAUUUUUAAGGAACAGUUUUCUUCUAUUAUCUAUUCUAGCAACGAAUAAUCGUUGUGACUCGAACGACAGAGAACACCGCGUUUUUCGCUUACGAAGUCUCGUCGUUCACAUUUACUUCAUCGAUCCUAAUUGGUUGUUCACGCGCCUCUAAUUAACGACGGUACAUCAAAUAAAAUCAAAAGCUCGCGGCAGGACUUCAUGUCGUCGGGCCUUUCCUCGCAAGCACGUUCAUAUUCAAAAGUCUCGUUUUCAUCGACGACUAACAACGAGACGAUUAGCAAAACGCAGCAACAAAGAGACACUUAGAGCCUCAGGAAGACCAAGAUGAUGCAUUAUCUCAGAUUUGUAGAUUUUUCGUUUUUUUUUUUUAUCAGUGGCGAAAGACAUAUCACCGGCCGCGGAUGACGAUUUUCGAUGACGAUUGAUAUAGCUUUCUCUGAAAUAGGGAAAUAAAUGGAAAGCAAAAUAAAAUGAGAUAAUAAUGAGAAACACGGGUGUCGAAAAGACUUUAUGGGGAGCGUGCGAUAGGAAACGCGCAAACGGCUGGCAUCGCUAUUACACAACAUGGGACCGUUUAAACAUAAGACACUUAUAAUUUUAUUGUUCGAUUCCUUCGCCCAGUCGGUAGCCGUGGGGCGGAAUGUAAUUUUGUCUUGCGGCUCCUUGCUAAUUUCGUAACAUCGAUCCAGAGGUCGAGUCAACACGAGGGGGAGGUUUUUUGUCCUUUCUUCGCAGCGUAUUCACGCGCUAAGCGGGAGAUUAAUAAAUUUAUUAAAAAAACGAAAACGAAAAAAAAAGGUAAAAAAAAAAAAAACAGUAAAGACUUACCUCAGUAACGUAAUGUACGCAAGAAUCAAACAUCUUUAUGAUCGAGAGUAUGUAUACACCGUAGAGCCGACGUCCUUUGUAUAUUUUCCGUAUUGUACAUAGUUAUACAUACGCCUUAUCGGUAAUUAUCGCUGUACGAUAACCGUCGAACUGCGCACUAUUUAAUAUGUAUUUAUGCGAAUCAUUGGACAAAAGAAGCUGCGCCGAUUUGGUCAGCAAUGUGCUUGCAGAAAAAGCAACGUGGAUAGAAAAGAAGAUACUUUUUAAGGAGAACCAUGCUUCAAUCAGUGCGAAUAUUUUUAUUUAUAAAUGAAUUUCGUUUUUGAUCUUUUAAAUCGAAUAAUAAAACGAAUCGCGAUUCAAUAUUUUUAGAUGAUCAAUUUUGUACAUAUACGUAUGUUUAUAUGUCACUUCAUGACCUUUUAUUAGUGUAUGAAUAUCGUUAAAAAACGAUUGAAGUGUGUAGCUCAUAGCACUGUUUUUAUAAGUGUAAUUUUUCAUAUUUGUUUUUUUUUUUAGUUAUUAGACGAUACUCUUACUAAUCAUUAUCCGGCCUGUCGGGUUUUCUAGUUGAGAUUUGUUUUCGUAGAAAAGUCAAUUUUAACGGAAAUAAAUGUAAUAAACACUUAUAUAUAUAUAUAUGUAUCUAUCUUUGUAUUUUUAUCAAAUUUUUUAUAUACUAUUAUUUUCCGCGAUUUUCUCUUAUUUUUUUAAUUUUUUUGUUUCUUAGUAAAAUAAAAUUUUUCAAUAAAAUCGUGAUAAGAGUCAUGGUUAAGAAAUGUUUGAAAAUUCCAAACAUCAACCUGCGUUGCUUUUUCUCGAUACGAAUCAAACGUCGAAUCGAUAAACAUAGAGGAUUGCGAGCACGAUAAUGUAAAAAAGAGGCCUACGUUAAUCGAUACUUUAUAUAUCGUCUCUUUUUUUUUUUGCAUUUCCUUUUCUUCUUGCGACGGUUAGACGGGUACGAUCAAACAGUGACUAAAGAUAGUUAGCGCGUUUAGCCAAGCGGUACGACUAGUAAUUGCGGGAAACAAAUUUUUUGGAGAACUAUAUACCGAUAGUUAUCAAAGUGUGACUGAGGAGCACGAGUUUUUUUGGCAAAUAUUUAUUACUAUUAUUAUUUAUCAAAAAAUAAAUAAAAAAUGAGGGAAAUGUAGUUAUAUUUAAUGGAGCGUUUCGUUCGCUUGUUAUGUUUUGAGAGAGAUCUAAAAAAAAGAGGAGAAUGGGGUGCAGGGCGACUUUUGUUUAUUGUCGCGUAAUGUAUUGUAAGAGUGAGAGAGAAAGAGCAAAAAAUUUGGGAAGAAUGACAGGAAACGAGUGAGAGAGAAAAAAUGUGAGGAAUAGAAUGAAAAUAAAGGUAAAACUAACAAAAAACGGAAAAAGAAAGAAAAAAGAAAA